GAACUUUCAGUAUGGAGGUGGCCCUGACAAAGCUGAACGAGCUGUAUGACAUGCAUGACCAUUACUUUAGUGCCGACAAGCAGGAAAAGAAGCUCAAGCUGCAAACAUUGGCCGAUGAAAUCUUGGAGCUCGUCGAUGCCAUCGACAUUGGUAAGCACGUGGCAACGCGACACUAUCAUUUCGACAACAUAUGCAGCAGGAAGCAACAACAGUCGACAAGCCAAAGCAACUGCGUCCUACGUCAAAGGCAAAGCCCUGGAGGUGUUUCCCGAGUACAAUCCGUCGUCCGAGGCAUUGCUCUCGCAAGCAGCCAAGCUGGAUCCGUGCAAUUUGGACAUUUGGGUGUGCCUUGGAAACUGUUUGUGGAAAAAAGGUGACUUGCAAGCUGCGAAAACCUGCUUUGAAAACUGCUUGGAUUACGGCCCCAGCAAGCACGCGCUGCGGAGUUUGUCCAUGCUGCUUCGGAAGAUGGGCACCAAGCCCGAAGAAAAGUCACACAAUAUCAAAACUAGCAUUGUCCAUGCCAAGCAGGCGUUGAACAUGGACAUUCAAGAUGGAGAGUCGUGGUAUGUCAUGGGGAAUGCGUACCUGGCCUUGUUCUUCGCCAGUUCACACAGCACCGUCGACUUGGAUCGGUCGCUAGCUGCCUACGCUCGAGCCGAAGCGGGGGGAGCCGCCAACAACCCCGACCUCCAUUUCAACCGUGCCAACGUACAUCGGUACAAAGAAGACUAUGCAUUGGCAGUGCAAAGCUUUUGCAAAGCGCAUGCGCUGGACCCGUCGCUUCGAGCCAUGGCGAUUGUCGACGGCAUUCUUCGAUGGACGCUUCGUGUGUCGAAUUUGAUCCAUCAACAGGGGAGGUUCAAGGCGAGCCGCAUUGCGCAGUUGGCCUCCACACUUCCGCACGUCGGUGAGGUCCAAGGCCGGACUCGAGUGUCCAUCUCGUCCCUGCAUCCUGGACACAACGAAGGCAAGGCGGUGGCUUUGAAACUACUCGUGGAUGUUGUCCGAAAGAACGAGCCCCCGGGGUGCUUUGUCAUGAUGGACGAAACGCAAACGUGUUGUGCGGUGUCGAUAUACCACCUCGACAGCGUCGCCUACACGAAAAUGACGGAGCGAGAUGUGUUUUACGUCCUCGAUCCGUUUGUCAAGCUCGUGCACUUGACGUACAACUGCAUGUCAAUCAAGUACCUCUGCCUCCAUGUUGCCGAGCCCCAUUUGUUUCUCAUCAAUGGCCACGUCGUGGCUGAAUCGUACGCGCAUGCCGAGAUCCACUUGAAUAAUUUUGAUUUGUAG